CUCAGCAAGGGGUCCGUCCUUCUCUGUCACUGUCUCUUUUGCCUGUUGUAAUUCCGUCUGCCUCUCUCUGACUCUGCCUGUCUCACUCUUUCUGUUUGUGUCUCUCCUCACUCUUGUUCCUUCUGCCUGAAUCACAGUCCCUCCUUCUUUCUGCCUCGAGCAUUUGUUUUGUUGCACUUUCUUUUUGCCAUGACACCAUCCCCUCUCCCCUUCCCUCCAAGCUGGACGGCUUAAUUGCUCAGGCAGGGAAAUAGAGGCUAGGGGCCUCUCUCCUGGCUUCCCUCUUCAUCUUAUUGAGCCUGUCGGUCAGGAAGGCCGGGCGCGCGGGUCCUGCAGCUGCGGGUGGCCUACAGCCAAAGGAGGGCGGAGCCCAUCGGGGCGGGAUUGGCCCUAGGUCCCCCUCAUAAAGCCUAGGGCGAGGGGCUUAAGAGGUUCUGAAAGAGCCCUGGAGGGGCUAUUUGAUCCGACAGACCCCACAGGCUUAGUCAGGGCUCUGCAGUGUCAUGCCCCGGAGCCCCCGGACCGUGCCAAGCUGGGCGCUGUUGCUGCGGCUGCUGGCACUUCUGCGGCCGCCGGGGCUGGGCGAGGCGUGCAGCUGCGCCCCCGCGCACCCCCAGCAGCACUUCUGCCACUCCUCGCUUGCCAUCCGGGCCAAAAUCUCCAGUGAGAAGGUAGUUCCUGCCAGUGCAGACCCUACUGACACUCAAAAAAUGAUCCGGUAUGAAAUCAAACAGAUAAAGAUGUUUAAAGGGUUUGAGAAAGUCAAGGAUGUUCAGUAUGUCUAUACACCUUUUGAUUCCUCCCUCUGUGGUGUGAAACUAGAAGCAAACAGCCAGAAACAGUAUCUCUUGACUGGUCAGGUCCUCAAUGAUGGCAAAGUCUUCAUCCAUCUGUGCAACUACAUCGAACCCUGGGAGGACCUAUCCUUUUUGCAGAGAGAAAGUCUGAAUCACCACUACCAUCUUAACUGUGGCUGCCAAAUCAUCACCUGCUAUACAGUGCCGUGUACCAUCUCGGCCCCCAACGAGUGCCUCUGGACAGACUGGCUGUUGGAACGGAAGCUCUAUGGGUACCAGGCCCAGCAUUAUGUCUGCAUGAAGCAUGUGGAUGGCACCUGCAGCUGGUACCAGGGACGCCUGCCCCUCAGGAAGGAGUUUGUUGAUAUCAUCCAGCCCUAGUAGAGACCAGUGACCACCACAUUCCUUCAGGAGUUCUGAAGACCAAGACAGUUCUCCUUCCCUGUCACCACCUGCCUCAUUGUUGCCAGCCAAUGAGAAAUACCAAGCGGAUGGUCUGGCUAGCAUUAGAGCAGGGAUGGGGCAUAUUAUAGCUUGUGUCCAAGACCCCAGCCCAGAACCUGUCAAAGGCUAGGGAAAGUAGAAUGACUUUUCAAUCCUGCCCUCGGCCCUUCAGCCCUGCCUCCAAACCCUUUUAGUCUAGUCAAUACCUGUUACUGAAAAUUUUGAUUCUGGCUUAGUUUGUUUUCCAAAGCCGGAACUAUUUCCUUUCUCCCUAGGAAAAUGUGUUUUUCUUACUUUAACUGACCUGAUGGGGAGAAACGGUGAAUGUUACACAUAUGAAAUGGCGUAGCCUUCUGAUGUACAAUACAAGAAGGCGGGUUGACAGUAUCAUAAACAGGCUGGUUUGGAGGCAUGAAAAGAGCAA